AUUCCACUUGUACUGGUGCCUCUGGCCGAAAAAGCCCUAAUUUGAUUCCAUCCCGGGAAAUGUCGACGUGGAAGAUCUUCUCCGACGCCGGAAAUAAUUUCCAGUGGGAAUCCUCCUCUCAAAUCACUCACAGCAAGCCCUUAAAUGCAUCAAACAUUCCCCCGAUUCAACCUCUCGGCUGCACUCCUCGCCUCCCUUCCAUGGCCGAUAUCCUACUUCAAGAUUGUUCCACGUUUCUAGAGAACGGCGAAGAGGAUGUCGAGCAUGCUCCGAUGUUCCGUACAGGAUUAGGGAAGUCGGUUGCAUUGAAACAAUCUUCGAUUGCGAAAGCGUUGUCUGUUCUUGGAGACAAUGAUAAUGCUAUCAGCUCUGAUGAAACACAUUGUACAGAUAACGUAGGUGGAUUCAACAACUCCUUGUUCUGUACGGGGUCAGGCAAAUCAGUCAAUGUAUCUUCUGCUGGUCUGAUCAGAGCCAAGGCAUUGUUGGGCUUGGAAAACAAUAAUGAUGUCUCCAGUUUUCAAGGCUUUCAACAUCCAAGGAAAUCAUCUAAUGCCAUUGAAGAGCAUGAGUGGCGAGGUUCUUUGCAUUUGAGGAUGAAAGAAGGUAUGAAAAGAAGUGCAAUAGAAUCAGUUCCAAGGCCAACUUUAAUUUCUAAGGCUAGUUCGGUCGGAAGCAAAUUAUCAGAUGUGGUCAAUCCAAGCUUGUUGCAACAUGAACUAAAUAAUUCCACUCCCAAACCACCUCCCAUUAAAUUCCAUACUGCAGGUGGAAGAUCCUUAUCUGUUUCCAGUGAUGCAUUGGAACGUGCAAAGAGUCUUCUUGGUGAUCCAGACUUGGGUACUUUGUUAAAUGAAGAGGAUGCAGUUGAUCCAGGCCUUUCAGUUUCCAAAGAGAGUAGAUUCAAUGAUGCUUCAUCCACCAAGGAAACAGAUUUUCACUCUGCUUUUACUUAUCCAGCAACUGCAAAGAGCAAGCAUAACUCAAAAAUUUUCAUAUCCCCUAUGAGAUUAUCUACAAACCAAGUUCCAUCAUCCUUAAAUUCGGAAAAUAUUGUUUUGGGAAUUAGCUUGAUAAAGAAAUUUGAUGCAGUUGAUGACGACAAAUUUUGUGGGUUGGAUAAUGCUGCACCUUCCAUUCAGAGGCCCUUAAGCAACGGGUCCUGUAAAACUGAUACGGUGGAGGAUAAUUCCUUGGAAAUUUUUAUUGGUUCAAGGAUUAAUCCAAAUGUAAGGUCAUCUCGAGGGCCAUUGAUUGACAUUUCAAACACCAUUGGCACAUUUUACACAAAUAAUGAAAAGAGGAGAUUUGGAAGGGGAACUUCUACAUCUCCAUUCAAGAGGCCCCGUAGCUCCAAAUUUACCGCCCCUUUGAACAGGAAUGUCUCAUAUGCUCCUAGUGGUUUAUCUGCUUCCUCAUCUGAAAAUUCUUGCUGCAGAAGAACAAUUUCCACUAGAUAUCCUUUUCAUAUUCCAAGAAUGUACAUCAAGGAGUAUUUUGGAGUGCCUUCCUCAGACAAAGGCUUGUUGGAGCACUUCACAGAAGAAAUAAGAUGGAUCAAAGCAGAUACUGCAGAAAAGUACACAUUUUUUGAUGAAUCUGGCCUGAACUGUAUUGGAGGAGAAGCUUUCUACCACAUGUUGGUUCAAUCAGGAGCUUCAGUACAAUACGCUUCUAAAGAGUGGAUUGCAAAUCACUAUAAGUGGAUAGUUUGGAAACUUGCAUGUUAUGAGAGAUGCUAUCCCUUGAAAGCUGCCACAAGGUUUUUGACAGUCACCAAUGUGCUUGAGGAACUGAAGUAUAGAUAUGAAAGAGAAGUGAACCAUGGCCACCGUUCUGCAAUUAAGAGAAUUCUGGAAGGAGAUGCACCUCCUUCUUCAAUGUUGGUUGUUUGCAUUUCAGCUAUCCGCAUCAGUUGUGAACCAAAGAUUGAGACUGUGGCAGCAAAUGGAGGUGAAUGUAGUAAUGCUGCAAAAGUGGAACUAACAGAUGGGUGGUAUUCAAUAGAAUCUCUUUUGGAUGGACCAUUGUCAAAGCAACUAGCUGCUAGAAAGCUGUUUGUGGGCCAGAAACUUCGAAUAUGGGGAGCUGGAUUAUGUGGCUGGGUUGGCCCUGUUUCACCCCUUCAGGCACCAAGGACAGUUAGUUUGUUGUUGCAUAUUAAUGGAACUUACAGAGCUCAUUGGGCUGACCGAUUAGGAUUUUGCAAGGAUGUUGGUCCUCCUUUGGCAUUUAGGUGCAUCAAAAGUAAUGGGGGUCUUGUUCCUCAGACAUUAGUUGGAGUCACACGAAUAUAUCCUGUUCUGUUCAAGGAGAAGUUAAUUAAUGGUGGAUCUAUUGUGAGAACAGAGAGAAUGGAGUCUAAAACAACACAAUCAUACAACCAGAGGCGUUCGGCUGUUGUAGAAGGCAUUGUUUCUGAGUAUCAAAGAGGGAUGAAAGGGUCCUACAUUUAUAAUGACAGUGAUAGUGAAGGAGCUAAAAUUUUGAAGAUACUUGAGACAGCAGCAGAACCAGAAGUUAUAAUGGCAGAGAUGAGUCCAGAGCAACUAACUUCGUUUGCCUCUUACCAAGCAAAACUAGAGGCAAUAAAGCAAUUGGACAUGGAGGAAGAAAUUAAGAAAGCUCUGCGAGAUGCUGGCUUAGGGGAGAGAGAAGUGACCCCAUUUAUGAGGGUUAGAGUGGUUGGACUAACAAAUUAUCAAGGCAAGGGCUUUCCUAAAGUAGGUUUAAUAACAAUUUGGAACCCGACAGAAAAGCAGCAAAGUGAGCUGGUUGAGGGACAGGCCUAUGCUGUAGCAGGACUUUUACCAGUGAACUCUGACUCAAAUACGCUAUACUUACAAGCAAGAGGAUCUACAACCAAAUGGCAACCCUUAUCUUCCUUCACAAUCCAACACUUUCGGCCCUUUUUCAGUCCUCGAGUAUCAGUUUUAUUGUCAAAUUUGGGUGAAGUUCCUCUUUCCAGUGAAUUUGAUACUGCUGCAUAUAUUGUGCAUGUGGGAGAGGUUUACACAACUGCACAGUGGAAGAAACAGUGGGUGUUUGUUACUGAUAACUCUCUUUCCACUUUAGAGUCAGAAGAAAUAUCAAAUUCUUUACUUGCCAUCAGCUUCUGCUCACCAUAUAUAGAUGGUGAUUCAUUCUCACCAAUCAACUAUAAUCUUGCAGGAUCCACAGCUGGUUUCAUUAAUCUCAUCAAGAAAGCAAAGGACCAAAUAAAUAAUAUCUGGAUUGCAGAAGCAACAGAAAAUUCAAUUUAUUCUUUAAGUUUUGAUUCCCCAAAUUGUUCUCACCUUAAAAGUGCUGCUGCUUCUGCUCAAAGCUGGGCAAAGACCUCCAGCUUGAUUAUUGAUAAACUUAAAGAGAAAGUUCUAUUUAUUAUUGGCAAUCAUAAGGCUAGAAGUUGAGGGCCUAUUGGACUGACAAGUAAGCUUCUUUAUGUUCCAUUCCAAUAGACACUGACGAACAUUAGUCUCUUCCCCAUAGGCAGCACCAGCAGUGUGUCUUAAAGUUUGCUUUUGCCAGUGUGAAUGCGUGUGAGAUAUUGGACUAACAAAUUGAUGAUUUCGCUCAAAAUUAUAUCCUUCUGUUUAAGGUCCUAAGGCAGUUCAAAAUGUCAUCAUAAAUCAAUUAUGGAAUUUGUUCUUGAUCAUAAGAUAUCGAGUCAUAUGCAGAGAAAAGGGCAUGGGGUGUUGCCGUGUUGCUAGUAGCAGUUGUGACAAGCACAUCCAUAUGAUUGCGAGCAUUUGGCAUAUUUAUUGGUAUGAAACUGGUUUUCUCUCUACUGCCGUGGUUUUGGAAACUGAAGUUUUCAGGUUGAAGCAUGUAGAUAAAUGACAAUCAGUUUCAAACCAUUCAAGCACUUCAAUGGCUUCGGUAUAUUCCAGAUUUCCAGUUCAGGAACUCAAACCAUGUAAAGGUUGCAACAGAAUGUAGCUCUGCAAUGCGGUUCUUUUGAUCUUGUGCACCAUUUGGGGGGAACGGCUUGAGAAUGGCAAAUUGGAAUUGUAUAUAUUUAGUAAAUGAUCGAGAAAGUGUUUAGCGUUCACAGCGUCAUUAAAAUAUGUAAAUAUCGAGCUCGGCAAAAUAUAUCGAGGGCUACUAAACAGAUUCUUAUUGAAAGGGGAGAUUAUUUCUUUUUUUUUUUAAUUUUUUUUAUUAUUUAGCUCCAAUUUUCAUUUGAAUUCGAAAUGUCAAUAUGGUGAUUAAUUGUUUUAUUAUUUGUUACUA